UUUUCAUGUUCAUCUGAUCUGCCGUCUGUAUUCUUCUCUGUUGUUGGUGGUUAUUUUAUAUCUGUUUUUCAAUUCAAUAAAUUGAAUUCUGGAAUUCUGCCUUCGAGGCCUUCACUUCACAGUUCACUUUAGUCAUAAAAAAAGUUUACUCUUGUUGCGAGUGAUGCAAGGUGCCUCCAUAUUAUCGUCGUUUAGAAUGAAACUAUUUAUUUUUCAAAUAGAGAUUUACGUAUAAUACUCAAUGUUUGGGCUCAUUGGUCUACUUAACAUGUGAUUAUAAAUGUAAAUAUUUAAUUCUAAUAUCGCGCAAAAUGGACGUGAAAGUUUAUAAUCGUGGGUGUGAUGUGAUGUGAUUAGAGUGGUGCAGUUCAGGAUUUAUUGCAGGCUUUGCUUUUUUUGUGAACCGAGGCGAGGGAUCGUUGACGUCCAAGCACUUGUCAAAGCUGCACUUGUUCGAGUUUCAGAAAAAAGUGACCCAGGCAGGCUGAAGUUCGGACUCCAUCAUGCCUCAUCAUCAAACAACCUAAACAAAACACUAUUCGUAUUUAGAAUGACUGGAAUCUCCUUCGAACCUCACGUAUGUGAUACAAACCUACAUAGACCUAUUUUAAUAUGAUGAAAUCUUUUGCAAAAUCCGCGUUCCUCUAGAAUUAGUGUCAAUUAGAACCAAAGUACCCGCCCUUCAAAAAGGGUGGUGAUUUGAAAUUAUUUUUUCUAAUAACCAAAGUUAGUGUAAGAUGUCGAAUAUGCCAAUUUAUAGUCAAGUGGUGCCCAAGUCCCAGUAUAGGGCGAAGAAUUCCAAAGGCCAAUCAUCCAGAGAACCUCGACCUCCGAAUACGGGUCGGGAAUUUGAUCCUCUCAAUUAUAAUCAUGGAGGAAACAUACAACUUCUGAAUGCGCCUUUGGAAAGUAGAAUGGAGAAGUUAGAAAAACGGGAAUCCCGAAGAAAGGACGAGGCUAGGUCUAGAAAGAUGCAGAAUAGAAGUGAUAAUGCAAAUGAAGGGAAAGUGGAAGCUUAUUUACGGCAGAACCAGGUCAGCAUCAGGCAGCAACAGCAUCGGCAUUCCGCUGUUAGGCAGGCUGAACAUCGGGUUAAUUUAAGAUCUCUUCCUCUGAACGAGGUGUCCUCACGAGGCCACGAUCGGACGCCAACUGAUCGGCAUCGCGGUUUCCCAGGCGAUAGGGAUGCAUCCAGAGAUUAUCGACGCGAAAGAGACAGGGAUAGAGAAAGAGAUAGAGAGAGAGAUAGAGAACGAGAUUUUGAUUUCGAUGGUUCGCCACUCAGUCCGAUGGCUCCAAAAGGGGACAAGGACCGGCCAGUGCGCAAGUCGACGUCAGCGCAGCGCGUAUCCGAGAUGAUCUCCGCGGACAAGCGGCGGUUCUUCUGCAGGGAGUGGGUGUUUCAGAAGAUCGCGCAUUGCUUGGAGCAGCGGGCUGUUAGCAAGACUGCCGGAGCUUUGAUUUUAGGUGAUGCGGGAAGUGGCAAGACAGCGUUGUGUCAAGAGCUCAGUCAGCCCGGCAGCGGUCCUCAGGCGCGGCAGCAGCGUGCGCUGAACAGGAGGCUGCUGGCGAGGCAUUUUCUACAGGGUCCAGGUGAAAGCAGUCAGCGUCCAGGCGAGUUCGUCCGCUCCCUCGCCAUGCAAAUACUGAGCCACUCGUCCCACGCCCGGCCCAACGAGCGCGACCAGUCGCCCAAAGACGACGCCACACCCAGUAGUAACAGGCGAAAUUCCACGGAAGAGAACUUAAUACAACGAUUUAGGGAAAUGGGUGACGACGGAGAAGAGAGCUCGAAACCUCUACUAGCUGAUAGUGAAGAUCAAAGAACGGAUGAAGAGGACGUAAACGCGCGACAGCGCACCGCGGAACGCAUCCACGAACGCGACGCGUAUCAAGACUGCAUGCCCGACGCACAACUCAGUGGACAAAACUUGCCAGAAAUCUUGCCCAGGGCAAGCGUAAAAACCACCAACCCAUUCGUAAGCAACGAGGAAGACUUCCGCCUAUACGAAAACCACGAAAACCUGUUCCUGCGCAACAUAUCACAACGACAGUCGAAAGAACUACGGAACUCCCGGCUAUUACGACAAAGUUCCGAACCGCUCUCCGAUAAAAAGCCUACGGGACUCCAGAAAAGCAUGUCCACCGAACAGGAGGAAAAACCAAAAGAAAUUACCAAUAGCCCCCCAAAGUCUAGAAUUCCAGUUGCGAAUUUCCGAUAUCCAAACAAAAGCGAUUUAAGACCAAGCUCCGCGGAAAAUUCACCGAAAAAAUCCGACGCAAGACCAACCACACCCAAAGAGUUAGAAACUAAAACCGAACAGCCCGAAUAUCAAAACGUUUUGAACCCGAAUAUACCAAAAGAUGAUUUGCAAACGGAUUUGGAAAGAUUGCUGGAGAAGAAACGUUCAGCUUUGGACGAUGUGCCUCCUCCCAUACCAAGCUUACCCGUCAACCCAAGAACUUUGAUAGCAAAUGCUUACUAUGAUAGGCUGUUGUCUGAAACGGAGAUUCAACAGGCGUUGUUGCCUCAGAAUUUGGACAAAAAUCCCGACGAGUGCUUCAAGAAGGCCAUUUUAUUCCCCUUGCUGGAGAUUGAUCCGCCGAAGCAAUGUCUGUUUUUGAUGGUGGAUGCGAUUGAUGAAGGCGCUCUAAAUGGGGAUGUAAAUGAGGACGGCACUGAGGGUUCCGUGGCAGCUCUGCUGGCGAGGCAUCAGCAUUUACUGCCGCACUGGCUGCUGCUGGUUGCUACUGCCCGGCGGCAUUCCAGGCAAUCGCGACCUCUCACUAAAAUGUUUACUGGGUUCCGCAAAAUCACCUUGGAUGAGUUACAACGGGCGCACGUGUCGGCCGACGUGCAGCGAUACGUGCUCGCUAGACUCGACACGGAACCUAGACUUCGAGCUCGAGUUUCGAGUGAUUCCACCGCAGCCGCGGCCGCUGCGGCGGCUCUCGAUCAUCUACGUAUUAAAAGCGAUGGAUGUUUACUAUAUUUAGAAAAGGUACUCGACGGUGUAGCGGACGGUUUCAUAGCGCUGCGGGAAAUUCGCGAGAUACCCGGGACACUGAACGGACUCUACUUGUGGCUGGCACAGAGGUUGUUUCACGGACGACGAUUUAAUAAGGUACGUCUCCUAUUGGACGUGCUUCUGGCCGCGCGCUGUGGGGUCACGGAGGACAUGCUGUACAAGUGCUUGCUUACCAAGGAGUACAGCGUCACUAGAGACGACUUCAACAGGAGGCUGCAUCUAUUGAGGCGAAUCUUGGUUAUGGAGCGUGCCACCGGGUAUCUCAGCCUCUUUCACCACUCGUUCGCGUCGUGGCUGGUGGACGUGAAGCACUGCACGCGGCGCUACCUGUGCGCGCCGCCCGAUGGACACGCAGCCUUAGCCAUGUACUACACUCUUGAUGCUAAGCGGUUAAGUGCUCUGGAAAUCCAUAACUACGUAUAUCACAUGACACAUCUAGAACAACAUAUGGCAGCGCAGAAGAAAAACAAAACUUCUACAACAGAUGAAGAAGAACAUUUAGAUCUGCAUACUUUAAUACUGUUAUGGGUAUUGGACUCGGGAUGUGACGUCGAAGCGGCUUUGAAAAGGGAGACAGACAUGAAACUCGUUGAUGUUGAUAAUAACCAGAAUGAAGACCAAAAAUUGGAAGAAAAGGAUGGUGAUCCAGAAUCUGAAGGAAAGGAAUCUAUUUCAUGUAAAUCACUGGAGCCCUCAACCCUAGAGAACAUAAUGCCGGAACUAGUCAACGGUAGCACGUCAAGAUGGCCGCGGGACAGGCGCGUGCUGAGAGCUUUGUUGGAGUUGAGCAGAACUGAUUCUAUCCCCACUGAGCCCGAGGGAGAAGACCUAAACGAUUUGAUGUCGACCGACCAAGUGCUGGAAAGCGAAGACAACGCGGAUGCCACAGGGGAUGAGCACGAAGAGACGCUACUGCUGGACCCCAGCACCAUACACGAGCUCGCCACCAGGGGGGAUGAAGAUACGCUAGCUGCUUUGUUGAAGCGUUGUCCAGAACUAGCGAACGCGACAGAUGCAGCGGGGAGCACGCCCCUCCACUCUGCGGCUCGCAGCGGCCGCGCUGGUACUGCCGCUAUACUGCUGCAAGCCGGUGCUUCUGCGGCCGCUGCCGAUGCUGAUGGCUGGAGCCCCCUGCGCGCUGCGGCCUGGGCGGGCCAUACUGAGGUUGUUGACGUGUUGCUGGAACAUGGCUGUGAUGUGGAUUGUGUGGAUGCAGACAACCGGACAGCUUUAAGAGCGGCAGCGUGGUCGGGCCAUGAAGCGGUGGUGGCGCGUUUGCUAGCGGGCGGCGCGGCCCCGGAGCGUGCGGACGCGGAAGGCCGCACGCCGCUGAUGGCCGCCGCGUACAUGGGACACGCGGACAUUGUGCGGCUGUUGCUCGACGCUGGGGCCAGUCCUGACCAUGCUGAUCACGAUGGUCGCACUGCAUUAGCCGUAGCAGCGCUGUGCGCGGCAGGCGGCGCUUGCGCAUCGUUGUUGCUGGAGAGAGGUGCGGAUGUUAGCAAGGCUGACCGGGACAAGGCCACACCGCUUUUGGUUGCCGCUUUUGAGGGCCAUACAGAAAUCUGCGAGCUCCUUCUGGAAGCGGAGGCGGACAUAGAAGCGUGCGACAGCGCCGGACGGACGGCGCUAUGGGCCGCCGCGUCCGCCGGACACGCGGACACUGUCCGCCUUCUGCUGUUCUGGGGCGCCUGCGUGGACAACAUGGACUGCGAAGGCCGCACCGUGCUCAGCACUGCCGCUGCGCAAGGUAACGUAGAAGUGGUCCGUCAGUUGCUGGACAGAGGUUUGGAUGAACAUCACCGCGAUAAUUCUGGAUGGACUCCUUUGCACUAUUCUGCUUUUGAAGGUCAUCUAGAAGUAUGCGAAGCUUUAUUGGAAGCGGGUGCAAAAGUCGACGAAGCAGACAACGAUGGAAAGGGUCCGUUGAUGUUGGCGGCUCAAGAAGGUCAUACUCGACUCGUGGAAGUCUUGAUAGACCAAUGGGGAGCCCCUGUGGAUCAGAGAGCUCAUGAUGGCAAAACUGCUUUACGAUUAGCAGCUUUGGAGGGACAGUUUGAAACAGUGACAGCAUUACACUGUCGAGGGGCGGACGUUGACGCGUUGGACGCCGACCGACGCAGCACGCUGUACGUACUAGCGUUGGACAAUCGGCUUGCGAUGGCUCGACAGUUGCUCGCGUGUGGAGCGAGCGUGCAUUGCAGCGACACUGAGGGUCGAACACCACUACACGUUUCGGCAUGGCAAGGGCACACUGAGAUGGUCAAUAUGCUUAUCAAAGUUGGUGGCGCGACGGUGGAUGGUCGAGACCGUUGUGCGCGGACGGCCCUUCACGCAGCCGCGUGGCGAGGCCGCGCCGCAGCCCUACGAGCUCUAUUGCAACAUGGUGCUUCGCCCUCCGCCGUGUGUACACAGGGCGCGACGCCCCUUGGCAUAGCAGCUCAGGAGGGGCAUGAAGAAUGUGUGCUAUGGCUUUUGCAACAUGGUGCUGAUCCUUUGCAAGCUGAUCAUUGCGGUCGUACUCCAGCGAAAGUAGCGUGGCGCGCGGGGCACGCAAACAUCUGUCGUCUGUUAGAGCGCUGGGCCGCGCCCUCCGCGCCGCCCGCCGCGCCGCCCGUCGCGCCUCACGCCGCGCCGCCGCCUGACGACUUGCUAAGGCCUGCGAGGACUGGUUCACCAGACUACAAACGGCGCAGUGUCCACAGUUCCAAUUCGACAAAAUCAUCUUCCAACAUGACGGGAGGUUCCAACAGAUCUCACGAACAUCCCGAAGAACCAGCUCAUGAUAAGGCGAAUCGCGCAAAUCUAUCCCUCUCUUUCGCACAACAAGUAGCCCGCUGUGGUCGGACUCGCCGCGAAAUAGACAGAGAUGAACCUAUACCAGAACAUCACGCGGUGGAAAAGGACUCAAAAUUAAGGAGUUACGUAGCAAACGAGCGAGACGGCGAACUUCGUGGAUAUGCAAGAGAAAGGGACAGGAGACGGGAGCAGAGGCACGGUACCGCAAGUCCUUUGUAUGCGUCUCCUCCAAGAAGUCCUAGUGAACCACGGAGUCCCUCACCUAUAUUAGCUGGAUCUCAACCCCCUAGUCUCACAAGCAUGCAGCCGAUCGUCACGGACACACACUUCAACCGAGACACACACAUGCGCAUCAUUCUCGGCCGCGAGAACAAACCUGCCAACGAGCGACACGACAGUGAGGUGGUAUUGGCGACGCGGUUCGUUUACAACAGAAUAGUCGGCAGUUUAGGAAGAGCGAGAGGCAAGAUAUUUAAGAAAACUAAGAACAAGCGCAAUGGAAUUGUGACCAACCCAGCGAUGCGGUUGGUUGCCAAUGUUAGAAAUGGACUGGAUAACGCAGCUGCCAACAUACGUCGUACAGGCGUAGCUUUAGCGGCGAGUGCUAGUUCCGCGAACCCAGCCGUGAAAACCAACGCCUUUCAGUGGAGAAAAGAGACGCCGCUAUAAAAUGCGCUAAAGAAAGAAUGGGAUAGCAAUAAAUUUCCUUGUGCUGCUUUAAACUCCUUCCAUGAGAAAAAGAAAAGCUGAUAAAAUAUACUAAAGAAAGAAAGAGAUAGCAUUAAAUACUGGUCAUCCAGUUUUUUAAUGCAGGAAAGUAAUGCUGAUAUAAAUAUAUUAAAGGAAGAAAAGAGAUAUUUCGUAGUCCUUUCGGAGUAAAGAGACAACGUUGAAAAUUAACUAUGUAGUAAGUAAAUCAAGA